CCAGCGGUCAGCACUCAGCCGUCAGUGGUCACACUUGAUUGUUGAAUGUUGAUCAGUGCACCAAUGGUAUAUAUUAUAAAUACAUAAAAACAUUAUUGAGUGUUUAUAUUUUAAACUCUUGGUUUAAAAUUUACUUGCCACAUUGAUGUCAGGAAGAGUGGUGAAUAAUCGAAUGUGAACUGAACCUUCGCUUGGCUAAAUGUUUAUGCUAAAAUGCAAGACGAACACAGGAGAGCUAUACAAAACAACUUUGCUUCCCUUGUCGAACAGACUGAUUUAGAUCACAUGGUUUCGACUCUGUAUGAAAAAGGAGUAUUUUCGGAACAAAUGAUCGAGCCUUACAAAGACUUAACUAAAGACGCAAGAUCACGCAAACGUUUACUGUAUAGAGAUAUAACAAGGCGAGGUCCUGAUGCAUUUAGGAAUUUAUUGGAUGCUCUCUCAGAUGCUGGUUAUUGGGAUUUAGUUCGGGAUCUUGAUCCCAAUAGCUCUUUACACACAAGAAGAACCAAAAUAUCAGCACUAAGCACAAGUAUGUCUAAUGAAAAUGACUAUGUUAGUAUAAGUACUGAAAAGAAAAAGACCAAACCACGAGUUGAUGUAAAUAAAAAUGAUUCUACACCUAUCGCUAAAGAUACAACAGAUCUUAAUAUGGUACCUCACUACAAUGUGAUUAAGUCAAGCAAAUUCUUUGAAGACGGUGAAGAUAUAAAGUUAUACAACACGCGAGGACAUAAGAGAGGCAUUAUUGUAGUGUUUAGUUACAUUGAAUUUGUUAACAACAUUGAAACAUACCGAAAAGGAGUGGAUGUUGAUUGUCAGAAACUAAAAUACUUAUUUAGUGAAAUGGGCUUUCGAGUAAUAUCAUAUGAGAAUUUGACCAGAGAUGAGACGGUUACAACAUUAGAGAGUCUAAAAAAAGUAAUAGUUGGUGUAGAAUGUGUUUUCAUAGUAGUCUCUUCUCAUGGAUAUGAGCGGAAGUAUAGCUCAGAUACAGACAUUCGCUGUAAAGAUGGACAACUCAUUACCAUUUAUGAGAUUAUUGAUUAUUUUAAUAAUAAGAACUUUCCUGCAUUGCAUGGAAUCCCAAAGGUUUUUAUCUUUCAGCUAUGCAGGGGGUCGAAUGAGGAAUACAUAGAUGGCCCAAUUAGGUUCGUAUCACCAGACGAUCCGAGCCCUCCGGCCGAGCGCGACGGCAAUCCCACGACUGAUACUGGUCGCUUCUCCCAAGACACACCUCGAACCCCCCUCAACAAGCGAAAUAGACUUUUCUCUGAUAUUCUUAUUGCGCAUUCAACACUGCCAGGUAAUGUUUCAUACAGGGAUCCAGAGGAAGGAUCGUGGUAUAUUCAGACACUGUGCGAGGUGUUUGCGGCUCGGGCCCACGACUGCCACGUAGAUAAGCUAUUCACACUCGUCGACCAACACCUACAUGAACGAUUUCACAUACAGACCUCGUCUGUUGACAAAUGGGGUUUCAACAAGAGACUCUACCUACAUCCUGGUCUCUAUCAGGACUGAAUAUUUGCAUUAUGACAGAUGAUAUUCCAUACGACCAGAAUAUGUGAUAUUAAUCAUGAGAGAUCUAUUUAGCUGGAGUCUUAAGUUUAAGUUAUUCUUGUAUUACAACUUUUAUAUUAGUUUAACAUUGUGUUUUAAUGAUUUUCUUCUACUGAAAAGGCAGAUGUGAUAUUCCAAUUUAUACAAGAUUAUUCUAGUAAAUUGAUUUUAUGUAUUGAAAAAUCCACAAUUAAAAGUAGUAAUUAUUCG